GUGCUAGAAAUUAACGAGAGGAUGGUUUUAAUAACGGAAAUUGAAGAUCGGAAGAUAGUGAAACCAUAUUUAGGUGGAUGGCGAAAUAAAAUCACCGGUGACAAAUAUUUAAACGCAGCAUCUCAAACGGGACCACCACCUAAAAAUAUUUCCUGGCACGAUUGCUGUAGUAUCGGCGUGCAAACUGUGGAAACUAAAGAUGAGACAACACAAUCGUCACGUAAUAAAAUUACUCAGAUGUGGCGAACAAAUUGUAAUGUAUCGAAUGCAAAGGAUAAAUACAUGACUGCUAAGUGUUAUGUAACAUACGAUGAAAUACAAUGGCGUCUUGAUCUCGAUGGAAAUGCGAGGAUAAUACAAAAAAAUUAUCGAGUUUAUAGACUCUUGAAAUAUUUAAAGAAAUGCGCUAGAAAAUAUAGGAAAAUAAUGGAUGAAUGUAAACGGUAUCAAGAAGAGAGAAUUAUUAUGUACAGAAAAAGAUACGAGCAAGAACUUUUACGAAAGAUUAAUCCACGAAGCAGAACAGAUUUUGAUAUGUUGUAUGAAUUAAUCGAACGUUGGAGACGUGAUCGUACCAACGAGAUAAAUGAACGUUAUUUCAAAGCAACACAAUGUGCCGAAAAUUGUUUUCUUCUCGAAAAAACCGUGAAAAUGUUCAACGUUUUAGAUAAAUUCAAACAAAGUAUAAGGGAGGAAUACCAAACGAGGAAACGCGUUAAAUUCUUAAGGAUCAAUUCUAAAUCUAUACAAUGGCACGGAUACAAAUCUAAACUCAUAGAAAUGGUCACGUUGAAAAAUCAAAAAGCACGGGAAUAUUUGAGUAUUUACAAUUCGUUAAGUAAAAAUAAUAUGACUGUGGAUGAUCGAUUAGAAUUAUUACAAAUUUUAAAGAGAUCACUGAAAUUUCAUAUUUGUAUUUCUGCUUUCGAUUUGAUUUAUUUGUUGGAUCAAGAGAUUAUGUUAUUGUCACGAGGCAUUCAAAAUUUAUCUCUCGAAUAUUUAAGGAAAAGAAUACUUUGUGAUUAUUUGAAAUUCGUAGCAACUUCUGCUACUUGUUCUUGUACAAAUAUCAGCAAGGGUUUUAAAAAAGAUCCUCAGUGCGAAGAAUUUCGUGAACCUUUAGAGAUUGAAAUGAUAUUUUGUAGAGGGUGUAAAAGGAUACUUCCUUAUAACAGAUUUUCACCUCACAGUGGAUUAAAAAAAUUAACUACUUGCACCAGUUGCACAACAUUGAGGGAACGAAGCUAUUGUCACGUGAAUUACGACCCAUAUAUUUUUAUUUUAAAUCACCUAAGAGCUGAAGAAAAACGAAGAAGAUGUUUUUCGGCAUUGGCAUUUAUGAUGCAACCGAGAGACGUUUAUCAUUUAAUUAAUAAUAUUUGGCAUGGUCAUUCAGUCAUAAGUAAACAGGAAGAUAUUCACCUGUUAAGAUUAGUCAGAUAUAAUAAUCACAUUGAAUGGUCACCAUGGAAUUGCAUUCUCUUAACCGAAGAAGAAGUAGAAAUUCAUUAUCGUAUCAACGAUUUAACUAAAGUCUAUUCGAAAGCUUUGCUACAUCAAAUAUUAUUGAAACAUUUGACAGCGAAAAAUUAUUUCAAGUAAUUUAUUAUUAUAUUAAAAUUCCGUGCUUCGAUUCUCACAUGCGUGUCUCGUUUGAACAUUUCUUUAUUUUAUUUGUAUUAUCCUUUUAUUCAGACGAUUGAGCUACUUCGACAGAAAAUUUAGAGAAUCCUCUCGAUUUUACAUGAUACAGGAUAGAAAGGAUUACGUCCCAUUUAACAAAGGGAUAGAUCUCGAAGGAUACGAGUUUUAAUUCGUUGAAAAUAAUGGUCAAGAUUCUCUUGAUAGCUUUAUUAUAAUAUUGUUUAAAUAAAUUUGAAGAUCUCUGAGCACUUGUAUCUUGUACAAAAUUGCAGUUUUGUUUUAAUUAUAAUAUUUAUAUAACGUAAGA